AUGCAUUUCUCCGGCUUGUACUGCCAGUUGGCGAUCGCGGCUAUGGGGGCACUUGCAUCGCCGGUGGACGUCGCUGCGAGAGCUGUUGCUGUUGCGGAGAGAGCGACCAAGCCGGCGGCCUUCUUCCUGGUGGGAGACUCGACCACGGCGGCCCAGAAGGGGGGCAGUGGUGGAUGGGGGGACGGAUUCCUCGGCACGCUCGUCGACGGAGCUAAGGGGACGAACUUUGGGGACAAUGGAGCGACGACGGUCAGCUUUGUGGAGGAAGGCUUUUGGGACCCGGUCAUGGCAGCGCUCAAGGAAAACGUGGCCGAUUUCGAUUGCUAUGUGACCAUUCAGUUCGGACACAACGACCAAAAGCCCGCGAAGGGCAUCUCCAUUGAACAAUACUCCACCAACCUUAAAAAUUUCGCCGACCAGGUCACCGCCGCCGGAGGAACCCCCAUCCUCGUCACCCCGCUGGCCCGCCGCAAGUACAAGGGCGACGUCGAACUCGAUCUGGUCGACCAGGUGACCGCCACGCUGGCCGUAGCCACCGACAACAAGGUCGCCGUCAUCGACCUGAACGCCGCGUCGAUGAAGUACCUGAACGCCAUUGGCGAGGCCAACGCCCGGAACUACGACCCGGAAGCGGGCGACGAGACGCACCUGAACCCUGCCGGGACGAUCUUGUUUGGGAACAUGGUCGCCGGGUUGAUCUCCGAAAGCCAGGUCGGAGACAAGGUCAAGGCCUUCAUCUCGGAGGAUCCGGUGAUUGCGGCUGAUAUUGCUAGUGGGACAUAUGUUCUUCCUUCUGCUUAA